AUGGCCGUGAUCCCCACUCUGCACAUUGGCAGUCAGUGGGGUUCAGUGCGAGAUGACUACCCGGAGGAACAGGAUGAGAACCCUCUGCGUGGUAACUGGGCGCUGAAGGCGGACUACAUGCUGUCGGUGAUUGGCUUCACGGUGGGACUGGGCAACCUGUGGCGGUUCCCCUACCUGGUCUACAAGAACGGUGGAGGGGCGUUCCUCAUUCCCUACGCAAUCAUGAUGACAUUCGCCGGAUUUCCGCUGGUUUUCCUGGAAUCUGCCUUGGGACAGUUCACCAGCCUGGGACCGCUGGAUGUGUGGAAAGUUGUGCCCAUCUUUCAAGGCGUGGGAAUCAUGUCGCUCACAAUGGCGACAAUUCAAGCUAUCUACUACAACGCCAUCAUUGGCUACGGAUUCUACUACCUGUUCUCCUCCUUCCAGUACCCCCUGCCCUGGGCAGACUGCUCCAGUGUAUGGGGGCCAAACGAAACCUGCAGAAUGGAAAUUAAAGAACGCCUAUGCAACGUCUCAUUGCCAACUGGAGGAUACAUAAUCAUUAAAAACAAAACCUGUGAAAAUCCAAUUACCUCAAAGUCUUCAAGUGAAAUUUACUGGGAUGAAGAAGUCUUACAUCGCUCGACCUCAAUCAACCAUACCGGCAGGUUGAUCAGCAACCUUGUCCUCUGUCUGUUUCUGGCCUGGAUUUUAAUUUUUAUUACAGUCGCUAGAGGAAUCAAACAUUCAGGAAAGGUGGCGUACUUCUUAGUCACGUACCCCUAUCUGGGUCUGAUUCUACUGCUGAUCCGUGGGGCCACCGUGGAAGGGGCCAACACUGGGGUUCAGUUCUACAUAGGUGGCAAUUCAAAUAUUUCCAAACUGGCUGACAUUCAGGUUUGGAAAGAUGCUGCGUCUCAAACCUUCUUCUCCCUGUCGGUGGCUCUGGGGGGCCUGAUGUCUCUGUCGUCCUAUAACAUCUUCCACAAUGACUGCUACUCAGACUCCAUCACCAUCUGUGUCAUCGACAGUCUCAGCAGCAUCCUUGCUGGCUUUGCCAUCUUUACUGUCCUUGGACACUUGGCGCAUGAUAUUCAACUCCCAAUUUCACACGUGACAUAUUCAGGUUUCGGACUGGCUUUCAUUGUCUGCCCAGAAGCCAUAUUUCACCUGCCCUUUUCUCCUCUUUGGUCCAUCAUAUUCUUUUCCACAUUCAUCAUCCUGGGGCUGACAAGUGAGGUUGUGUUAGUAGAAGUCAUUAUAACUACUCUGGAGGAUAAGUUCCCCAACAUGUUACGGAAAAGGCGCAUGCAAGUCUCAGGGGUCGUUUGUAUCAUCUUGUUCUUCAGUGGUCUUUUAUUAGGGACGCAGGCUGGGAUUUACUGGAUAAAUCUGCUUGAUGAAUUCUGCUCUGGAUGGGGCUUGCCGAUAAUCGCUUUAUUUGAACUAAUUUGCAUAAACUGGAUCUACGGUGUAAACAAUUUCAUCAGUGACAUCGAGAUGAUGUGUGGGGUAAAGUGUAUCUUAUUCCGCUACUGGUGGAAAGCGUGUUGGGUUUUGAUCACACCAGGCAUCCUGACACUAAUGCUAGUGUGGAGCGCAAUAUUCCCAGCCGAAAUGACAUAUGGAACGAUUGCAUAUCCUGUGUGGUCAUCGUUAAUUGGAUGCCUUGUGAUUAUUUUCUGCUUCAUGUGGAUCCCAAUCAUAGCCAUAUUGGAGGUGAAGUUCGCUGAAGGUAGUAACUUUCUACAGAGAUUCCGAUCCAGCUUCAAGCCAGCUUCUGACUGGGGUCCAUUCUUGAAGCAACACAGGACGAAGCGAUAUGAAUUGCAAGAAGAUCCCAAGAUGUCGCGACUGCGUGCCCUUAUUGCCAAGGUCAUUGAUGGCAAAUCAAGGAAUUAGGAAGCAUCAACAUCGCAGAGGGAAAUAUUUCAGCUCAUACUGGACCAAAGGGUCAGAGAGCAUCCAUGACGUUUGAAAGCAGGCAUCAGAGGCACCAUCUGCCCUGGACAGAUGCGCAGACGAUGGGCUGCGUUUCUCACGGGAGAAGGGUAUUGAUAUUUGGGGAAGGAGAAGCAUGUGAUUCGCCAUCUUCUGGAGCUGAGUGAGGCCACUAUCCCCACGACACACCACCAACCACCGUCCUCCACCGAGUGCCGUGGCAGAAUGUUGCAACAAUGUGUGUUGUAUGUAGUCUAUGGCCUUCUCCCAACUUCACCCUCACCCUCACACCUCCCCCACUCCACAACCUCACCCCCACUCCACAAGCUCACCCCUUCCCCUUCCCCACUCCACAACAUCUUGUCCGUGCAGUUCCCCCCAAAAAAGGAUCUCUUUCUCCUGAACUCUCUGAUAUGUCAACUAGCCUAUUACUUGCUCACAAUUAAUUCCCUUCUUUAGACUUUCAAGUUGAAAUGAAAGUUUUUUUUACUUCUGUAUUGCUACUGAUGCACUUAUGUACCAUUCUUUUAAAUAAAUGAUU